UUCCAACGCUCUAUAUCCUCUCUAAUCCUACGCACUCCUCAACUAACCUUACACACCAGACAACAUAAAAAGACUAAAAUUUUAGACAUCGGUACUCGCUAUCGUGCGCACUUCUCCGGCAACGGGAAAAUCGUACUUAAAUUUGUGUGUUUUUUUAAGACCAGGAAUCGUAGGAAAUGGGCGGUGCCGGCGGGAACGGGAACGGCGGAGGGGGAGGGCCGCAACAGUCGGGUACGGCGGAGUCACAGUACUCAACGGCGAGGAUUUCGGUGUGGUGGGAUAUAGAAAACUGUCAAGUACCUAGAGGAUCUGAUCCUCACGCGAUUGCUCAGAAUAUAAGUUCUGCUCUUGUGAAUAUGAACUAUUGUGGACCCGUUUCAAUUUCUGCUUACGGCGAUACUACUAAGAUCUCUCCUUCUGUUCAGCAGGCGCUUAAUAGUACUGGAAUCGCCCUUAAUCAUGUACCUGCAGGUGUCAAAGAUGCAAGUGAUAAAAAAAUUCUUGUGGACAUGUUAUUUUGGGCAGUUGACAAUCCUGCACCUGCUAAUUAUUUGUUGAUUUCGGGAGAUCGUGACUUUUCAAACGCACUUCAUCAAUUACGCAUGCGCAGAUAUAAUAUUCUUCUAGCACAACCUCAAAAAGCAUCCGUGCCACUUGUUGCUGCUGCGAAGACUGUAUGGCUCUGGACAAGCCUUUCAGCUGGAGGACCGCCUUUGACAAAUAGUGAAUCAAGUCAACUUGUAAAUAGCAGUUACGGUUCUUUAGCCACUUCAGACGCAUUAUCUACGUCAUCUAGUGAUUCCAAUCUGAUAAGCCAGGCUGUUGAUACUUUCCAUGAAAGCCCACAAGUGAAGUUUAACAAUGGGGGAAGGGGUACCGAUAAUAAACAAAAGGGUAGACCAGUUCGUAAAAGUGUGAAUCAACCCAAUAUAUCACGAACUUCAUCUACAAUGUCCGGCACACAAGAAAAUCGUAGUGCUGCAAACUUCCAUCAACCAGGAUAUGGGUAUCCUAAGCAGUUCAAUGAUUCAGUGGAGUUGCCUGGAGCUCAUAAUUCAAGGACUCCGUUCAGUGGGCCCAUAUCUGCGUCGAGCGGUGGUCCUGGUAAUCUCGAGCCUUCCUGGACAAAUGGAAACAACUCACAGAGCAGUUAUCAAAAUAAUUAUCCUCCAGUAAGGCCAAACAACCUCCCAGCAUCACCGGUAAUUCCACCUGGUAAUUUCUUACCACCUAAUUCGCAUGUGCAUCAUUCUCAACCAAUGCCUCCUAGGUCUGAUGCACAAGGCUUCUCCUCAGGCCUUCAAAUACCUAUGCCUGAUGUGGGUAAGCUAAAAAUCAGUGAAAACUCCAACAAUGGUCAUAAUCGUCCUUUUUCUCAAUCGUGGAAUGGAGAAUUGAGACAACCUCCUCAGAUUGAUAAUUCUUAUACUAACAUAAAUGGGCCUCAGAAAGGAAACAAUUUGCAGAAGAAAGCACCAUUUUACCUUGAAAAAGAGGUCAACAGGUAUACACAUCCCAGCCCUGAGAUUCCACCACCACCAUCAUCUUUAACAAAUAGCAGUAAUGGACCGCUCAACGGUGUGUGGGGAGCUCCAGGAUGCCCAAAACCUUCUGAGUAUGUUCAAGGUCUUAUUGGAGUCAUUUUACUUGCAUUGAACACCCUAAAAAAUGAGAAGAUUAUGCCUACUGAAGCAAACAUUGCAGAUUGCAUCAAAUAUGGAGAUCCAAAACACCGCAAUACUGAUGUUAAGAAGGCUCUUGCAAGCGCAGUUGAACAACAGCUGGUAGUAACAAAGAAAACAGGUGCUUGGCAAUUAUAUGUUGGUAAAAAUGAGAACAUAUGGAAGUGUGUGAACCCUAUUAGUUGUAAUCUGAAACAAUAUCCCAAAGAAGCAUGGGAUGACCUUCAGAAAUUUCUAUCAUCUUCUGCUGGAAGAGCCGCCAUAAGCUCUACUCAGUGCAGGUUUGAAGCAGCUACAGUUAUUAAGAAAAUGUGCUUAAAGGAGCUUGCUUUAGGCGAAAUACUUCAGAUCUUGCAUAUGGUUAUAAACAUGAAGAAAUGGCUUGUACAACAUCAAUCCGGGUGGCAACCAAUUAAGAUUACUCUAGCAGAGAUCGUCCCCGACUCGGGGGUCUUAGCUGCGACAUAAGAUCUGCAACAUCUGGUUAUGGACGGGAGAGAUGGCUUAUAGGUUCUUCUUAUCAGUUCCUUCAUGCACUUGUCGACUGAACUGGUAACAGAUCAAUCUGGCCCAUUUCUCCUCUUAAAGUGUCGCAAUAGAUUAAGUAGCUGUAUUUAUGUUAAUUAGAUUGUUCUGAAAUAUAUAUAGUUAUAGUUUGGCUGUUCAUCUUUUUCCUGGGAAAUAAGAAAGCAUUGUGGUGGGAGCUAUGUUGGAUGUUUUAGUAAAGCCUUCCGAGGUGUUGGGCUUUGGCUGGAAUUCUAGAAUAUCUUAAGUGAGAGAUUGCUAUCACGUGGUUGGUGCUUCGUAUUUGGGCUAUUGCUUUAUUGCCCGGUUAUUGCUUAUUGAUUAAGCCGAUCAAUAUAUGUGGAAAGUUGCUAACAGUGAUUCAGGGACUUUCCGGUAAAACUGCUAUUCAGGAACUUUUUGAGUAACAUAUGUGAGGGUAUCCUAGUUCUUAAUCAAAGUUGCUAACAGUGAGUCAGGUGCUAUCCAGCCAGCAAAGAAGUGAUUCAGGAACUCCUCGAGUAACAUAUGUGAGAAUGUCCUAGUUGCUCUUGUAUCUAACAUAGAGAUUUUGAAGCUAUGAAUCUCAGAGCAGGUAUCAGGUAUACAAUUGAGUGAGCAGGAUAAGCUUUCAGGAACUCUUCGAGUAAACAUAUGUGAGAAUGUCCUAGUUGCUCUUGUAUCUAACAUAGAGAUUUUGAAGCUAUGAAUCUCAGAGCAGGUAUCAGGUAUACAAUUGAGUGAGCAGGAUAAGCUUUCAGGAACUCUUCGAGUAAACAUAUGUGAGAAUGUCCUAGUUGCUCUUGUAUCUAACAUAGAGAUUUUGAAGCUAUGAAUCUCAGAGCAGGUAUCAGGUAUACAAUUGAGUGAGAAGGAUAAGCUUGUCUGCUUUAUAUUGAGAGCAAAACUACUGGAGUUGAAGACUCUAAAACUGUCGGAGACAAGUUAUUACGGAGCAGGUAUCAGGUAUACAAGUUGAGAUGGUUUUGCUUGGUUUAUAUCGAGGGCGAAAUACUGGAGUUAAAGACUCUGAGGCUGUUGGAGCCGAGUUAUUAUUAGACUAGUCUUUAAAGUUGUAUCUUGCAGUAUGAAGAUGUUCAGAUCUUUGUUUUCUGGCCAGAGAAUUGAAAGUCUUCUACCCUUGUGUUUCAGCAAACAGGACUAUGCGAACAAAAAUUAUGUGGCAGAUUAUGGUAUUAUGCAACUGCUAAAUGAGAGUUUGUGUGAAGACCUAAAAUUCCUUCAACCAUAUCACACUUUUCACUUGCAAUUAUGGAAGAAGUUAGAGACAAACGACCGAGUCCUUCGUCACUUCAACACAGUUGUCAUUGAAGGUUUGGUAAUCUAGUUAUGGAUUAUUCUACUUAUCAUCAAGCUGACAGCAUACAAAAAGAGUUGUAUGCUUCACCUCACUGCAUGCUUAAGGUUUCAUUCCGCCCCUACUGUUUUAAAUUAUUGUAGAUAUAUGUUGUAAUGGCUCGAACUGGAAGGAGCUCAUUUUCAGCAGUAACUUUUAAAAUAGAGCUUUCUUCGUUUUACAUUUAUUUGUUGCAGCAACUUUAGUCCUGUCUCUCUAGUUACUUGGUAAUACCAAAGAUCAUUUCCUUGAGUAUGUA